AUUUAAUGAUUGCAUAAUUAUUGUUAUGUGUAGUGACGGCCUCUCGACCCCCGAACAGGCCAUGGAUUCCUUCUGGUCAUCCGGACAGAAGUCGAUUGACCAGUAUUUUCACAGUCAUGUGUUAUAACGUAUUGUGUGAUAAGUUGGCGACUCGACAGCUGUACGGCUAUUGUCCAAAUUGGGCGCUUCAAUGGGACUACAGAAAGAAAGCCAUCAUCGAUGAGAUCCGUCACUAUUCGGCGGACAUUAUAUCACUACAAGAAGUAGAAACCGAUCAGUUCUACAACUUCUUUCUGCCCGAACUCAGAGAACAGGGAUAUGACGGCAUCUUUUCGCCCAAAUCCAGGGCUAAAACAAUGGCUGAGGCGGACAGAAGACAUGUCGACGGAUGCGCUAUAUUUUUCAGGACUAAUAAUUUAAUUAAAGAACAUUUGGUUGAAUUCAAUCAGUUAGCGAUGGCUAACGCCGAGGGAUCGGACGAUAUGUUGAAUCGUGUUAUGACUAAAGACAACAUCGGUUUGGCCGCACUCUUGCAGACCAAAGAGGGCGCAUUCGAGUCGGGUAUGCUGUCAGACCCGUCUCAGGCACACCACCCGUUGUUGGUCUGUACGGCGCACAUACAUUGGGACCCAGAGUUUUGUGACGUGAAGUUGAUUCAGACAAUUAUGUUGAUGCAUGAGCUCAGGUCUAUCGUCGAGGACUCGGCCCAUAGUUUCAGACCCGGAGCCCAGAAGGCAGACGCCAAUAGUGUUCCACUCAUUCUGUGUGGAGACUUGAAUUCAUUGCCCGACUCAGGAGUGGUUGACUUCUUGAGUUCGGGACGUAUUUCCUCAGACCAUCAGGACUUCAAAGAACUCGGAUAUAAAGACUGUUUACGGAAACUGACAGCCAGUGAGAGGUCGAGUGAAUACACGCAUCCAUUCAAGAUUUCCAGGGCUUACAGCGACGACGUGGCCGGUUGUCCGCACCAACACAUCCCCUCCGAUCACUUCCCACUUCUCGUCGAACUCGAACUCGAAGUCGGUUCCAAUCUUAACCUCUCUAAUGGACAUCUGUUGCGGAGA